AUGGCAGCUGAUCAAGGCCAGCAGCAGGCAUCCAGUGAGUCCAUGGCGACAAGGGCUGAGAAGGCUCCGAUCACCGUGGAGAGGAAGAUCCGCAAUGAUUUGGAGACCAAGCUCCCCAAACCAUACAUGCCUAGGGCUAUGAUUGCGCCUGACAUGGAGAACAUCAAUGGCACGUGGGGCCAUAAGCAUUCCAACAUGUCUGUGCUUCAACAGCAUGCAGCAUUCUUCGACCAGGACAACGAUGGUAUAAUCUACCCUUCCGAAACAUGCAGAGGAUUUCGUGCACUCGGGUUUAAUCCGGUUGCUUCGUUCAUCUUCAUGGUUCUUGUCCAUGGAGCUAUGAGUUAUGCUACUCUUCCUACAUGGAUACCGUCGCCUUUCUUCGCAAUUCACAUAGAGAACAUACACAGGGCAAAACAUGGAAGUGACUCAGGGACCUAUGACACAGAGGGAAGGUACAUUCCUGCAAAUCUGGAGAACAUGUUCAGCAAGUACGCCCGCACUGUGCCUGAUAAGCUUACAUUCAAGGAGCUUUGGCACAUGACUCAGGCUAACCGUGAUGCCUUUGAUUUCUUUGGCUGGAUUGCAAGUAAACUGGAAUGGGGAGUUCUGUAUGUUCUUGCAAAAGAUGAAUACGGCUACUUGGCAAAGGAAGCCGUGAGGCGUUGUUUUGAUGGAAGCUUGUUCGAGUACUGUUCGAAGUUGCAGAAGGGUGCUGUUAGUAAGAUGGGAUGA